UCUCUCUCUCUCUCUCUCUCUGUGUACGCAUGCACACAAGCCGCCGCCGCCGCCGCAAGAGAGAACAAACGCCAGAGAGACGAGGGCUUCAUUGCGCUUUCCGACCGCCGAACAGCGCGUUCUGUGCCCAGUGCAGCUCUGCUGCCGCGACUAUUCGUAUAAUAGCGAGAGUUUUGCGACAUACUUGUACAUUCUGCGCGAGUUGCCCGUGCAGCAAAGACUCUGUGAGUUCGCGCUUCCGUUGGAUUGUGAUCUUCUAGUUUAUUUCAACGCUUUUCACGCCUUUGUGCGCCCGAAGGAUGGAUCAGAAUUCCGCGCCCCUUUCGCCACCCGCAUCGCCACAGCUCAAGCAGGUUCACGUCGAGCCACUGCAGUCAGCCUUCAGCGUGGCAGCUCUGCUGGGCGAGAAGCUGAACGACGAGAGCAGAACAGCCAAACAGCCAAAGGACGCCGAGCGAGUAGCUCUGCCGCCCACGCCGCAGCCGUCCGACUCCGAGGAGGACGAGCCCCCGCGGAAGCGCCAGUGCUUCGAGCAGUGCGAGCUAGCCAAGCUUCUCCUCGAUGGCUCGAACAGCAGCACUCCGCCGCCCAGCCCGGAACCCGUCGCUCGGGUCUCGGUCAUCAUGCGCGCGAACCGCGACGGCACCUGCAGCCCCGCGAACUUUGCCGCCAAGCCCAAGCCAGCGCCCGCGGCGCCGGCCAACUACUACACCGCCAGCUCGGAGAACAUCCUCAAGUCCCUCAAGUUCAAGAUGAGCUUGCGCAAGGAGGAGAUCAUCGUCAACAACAAGAACACCGACCGUGAAUUCUCGGCUGCGCCCCUGAACAACAACACCAACCCCAUCAGCCACAGUGUCGUUGUCCCGCAGCAGCAGCAGCAGCAGCAGAAGCUCCAGCCCCUGGCUCCGAAGCCCGCGCCCAUCAUGGUCGCCGGCCUGCUGGGCUCGUCCGCCCUGGUCCUGCCGCGCGCGCCUCUGCUCUUCGUCACGGCGGCCAACGGCACCAACUGCAGCAGCAGCAGCAGCAGCAGCAGCACCGCCACGAGCAGCAGCCCCUCCGGCAACUCCCAGGACUUUUCCGCCCGGCGACGCGUCUACGAGUGCGAGCACCCGGGCUGCGGCAAGAACUACUUCAAGUCGUCUCACCUCAAGGCCCACACGCGCACCCACACCGGCGAGCGGCCCUUCCCCUGCCCGUACGAGGACUGCGGUCGGCGCUUCUCCCGCAGCGACGAGCUCUCCCGGCACAAGCGCACCCACACCGGCGAGAAGAAGUUCGCCUGCGCCGUCUGCCAGAGGCGCUUCAUGCGCAGCGACCACCUGGCCAAGCACGUCAAGCGCCACGCCAGGGACCGCGGCGUGAACGCUGCCAACAACGGCAGUCCCGCAGCGCAAGCCAGCCUGGCCGGAGGAGCCAGCGCCGGGCUCAGGCUGAGCCUGCUGCCGCUGAUCGCGCCCAAGAUCGCCGCCUCGAACUAGGCGCCCUGGAGUCAACUCGCCGCCGGAAGCGGCUCUACCUUGUGAUGCCUACUUCGCGCGAGGGAUCGCGCCCGUCGACUCGCCGUCCGGGAGGACCGGCCGCCGUUUGACCGCUGCAGUCGCGAGCGAUCGACGACAAAUCCGAUAACGUGUACCUAAGUGUGUCUGUGAUUCCGCAGCAGUGAUGCUCCUUGCGAAGCAUAUGCGCGCCUAUAUUAGAUGUUACGUUAUGCGUCAUUGUUAACCGUCGACGAUAGAGAGAGAGAGAGAGCACAUGAAUAAUAUUUAUUUUUUCCUGCCUUCACGCAUAUAUGCAUUCAUGUAAUUAUGUACAGAGAAAAAGGCCGCCGCAUUUCGAGCAUUUUUUUCCGAUGCUCCACGCGCGAUUACCGGUUCUAUGUAAAUAGUAGCGAGGAGAAUGGUGUAUGGAAAUAUGUUGCAUUUUUUCUUACACAAGCAUGUAUUCGAAUACCGAUUACCUGAUAUGUCAAGGCAUUAAAUGAUCUUGAAUACUUUCGUAAA